GCAUCAUGGGGAUGAAGAUGGAGGAGCCAGAUUACCAGAAGCAGUUUGAAGCAGCUGUCCGUGUCAUCCAAGGCCUUCCCAAAAAUGGUGCAUCGUACCGUCCAUCCUAUGAGGAAAUGCUGCGUUUCUAUAGUUACUACAAGCAAGCGACUCUGGGUCAGUGCCAGAUCUCUCGGCCGGGGUUUUGGGAUCCCAUCGGCAGGUAUAAAUGGGACGCGUGGAACAGACUGGGGAAGAUGACCAAAAAGGAAGCGAUGGUGGCGUACAUCCAGGAGAUGAAAAAGUCAGCUCAGAAGAUCAUUGACACUGUGCCAUUGGAUGAGAAGUCGGAGGACAUGUUUGAAUACUUCGUACCCCUCUAUGAGCUGAUCGAUGACAUGCCGCCCCCUGAGUCCUUCUUCAAGAAGAAAUUAGGCCCAGACCGUGUGGAGGAAAGCCUCAAGAGCACUCAGGGGGCCAGCGAUUCAGAGAGCGAGGUGUUCUGUGACAGCCUGGAACAAGUGGAGCCAGAUCAGGUCAGGAGUCUGUCGACAGAGGAAAGCUCCCCCAUGAACAGUCUUCACAAGAUUCGAGCGGGAGAGACAAGUGAGCACCAACCUCCCAUGCACGGGCCAGUCUCAAGCAGAGAAGAUGAGCUGAGCAGAAGUGAUCUGCGGACUGCCCCUGUUGAGAGGGAUUUGGCCCGUAGCCCCCCGGCCACUGAAGAGACCACAGCCAGGCCCUCAGUCCAGCAGGAAGUGGAUGCGCAGCUGAGGGGCACCAUCCGAGCCCUGCAGGAGGACAUGAAGGAAGUGAUGAGGAGACUCAGCCGCCUGGAAUCCUUGGCUGCUUUGCAAGUAUGUCCUUCACUGCUGAAAAACGUUCGAUUCGCAAAGAUGCACGAACCGCCCCGCCGCUCGCCCGCGCCCCCGACUCCUCCUAUCUUGUUUUUCCUGCUGGCCUGGCCUCUUGUCGUCCAGUGGCUCCUCUGGCGUCUGCAGAGCUGGAAGAGGUGAA